UUAGUUCUCUUGACUAACCCGCAGUCACUCACAACAAGGGGAGAUCCUCCAGUCGAGCAGCUCGGACCUGCAGCUCUGAGUCACAGCCUCCAGCCCUGACAGUCCUGACAGUGCGGACUUCUCACAGUUUCACGGUUCUGUCUCGGAGCACGGAUGUCCUUCUCCUGCACGCGCGCUCUGCCCAGGCUCGCUCUUCUCUAGAAUCACCGAGGACCUGAAGCCUGGAAGUGACCCGAGUCAACAUUUACCGACUUUCAUCUGUUUGUUUGUCCUGUCGGAGAUGCCUGAGGACGUGGGGACAGCCAAGCCCGGAGGCGUCAUAGCCUACAUCUCUUCAGGCUCCGCCUCCAGUCCAGAGUCCUGUAUGAGCACCAGUCCCAGCAGCGGGUACCUGUCGUCCUCUCCUCCCCUGUCCCGGCCCGCGCUGCCCAGCCGCGCCGUGGGCAUGGUGGUGGACAUCGCCCCUCCUGCCAAGAGCGGACCACAGCGCAGCCUGGACAAAGCUGGGCGCUCAUCUACAGCUGCCAAAAGCAGCAUCACAAAAAUCAAUGGCAUGGUGCUUCUGUGUAAAGUGUGCGGAGAUGUGGCCUCCGGCUUCCACUACGGCGUCCACGCCUGCGAGGGCUGCAAGGGCUUCUUCAGAAGGAGCAUCCAGCAGAAUAUUCAGUAUAAAAAGUGUCUUAAGAUGGAGAACUGCACCAUCAUGAGGAUCAACAGGAACCGCUGCCAGCAGUGCCGCUUCAAGAAGUGUCUGUCUGUGGGCAUGUCCAGAGAUGCUGUGCGGUUCGGCCGUAUCCCCAAAAGGGAGAAGCAGAGGAUGCUCCUGGAGAUGCAAAACGCAAUGAACAACAUGAUGAGCUCCAACAGCCAACUGCACAGCAUGCUCCAGGGCCACCAGAGCCCCCUGCCCCUCGAGGCCAGCCCCUCACCCUCCAACUCCUCCUCCUCCUCCUCAGCCUCAGACCCGCCCUCUCCGCAGUGCCCGCCCGACUCCGAGUCUGUCGUUUCCAUGGACACCAACUCCAGCUCUGCCUCCUCGUGCUCUUCGGACAGCGGAGAGGAUGAGGUGAGCUCUCACAGGCAGCACCAGGACGCCUUCACGUAUCACCAGCAGAGGUCUCCAGCCCAGAGCCAGAGCCCCAGCUCCCCGGAGCCCGUCCCCACAGAGAGCACGUGUGACAGGAGCUUAGAUGAGCAGCAGGACAGCUGGAACAGCUGGAACAACACAAGCUACUCAGACAGCCUACAUGUGACUAAUGCAGCCUACAGACAAGAGCAGACCUAUCAGCAGCUCCACAGCGCCCCCAGCUGUGAGCCCACACACCAGCAGCUGCACCCACACUGCCCUCAGAGCAGCCGCACUCACCUGGUGUGCCCCAUGAACACGUCGCCUUAUGUGGACCCACACAAAACCAGUCAGGAGGUCUGGGAGGAGUUCUCCAUGAGCUUCACUCCGGCUGUGCGGGAGGUCGUGGAGUUCGCCAAAAGGAUCCCAGGCUUCAGAGAACUGAGCGAGCGGGACCAGGUCAGCCUGCUGAAGGCUGGCACGUUUGAGGUGCUGAUGGUGCGCUUUGCCUCCCUGUUCAACAUGGCUGAGCGCACAGUGACAUUCCUCAGUGGGAAGCGCUACAGUCUGGACAUGCUGCGCUCCAUUGGUGCUGGAGAACUGCUCACCUCCAUGUGUGAGUUCAGUGAGAAGCUGGCUGCUCUGCGCCUGGACUCAGACGAGAUGAGCCUCUUCACAGCUGUGGUUCUAGUUUCUGCAGAUCGUUCAGGAAUCCAAGACUUAAACUCGGUGGAGGCUUUGCAGGACAAACUGAUCCGAGCGCUGCGUAAUCUGGUGAUGCAGAACCACGGGGCAGACGCAUCCACCACUUUCACCAAACUGCUGCUCAAACUGCCUGAGCUGCGCUCAUUAAACAACAUGCACUCAGAGGAACUGCUCUCAUUCAAGGUGCACCCCUGAGCUUCCAGUGCUUCACUCACCUCCAGACCUCCCUCCCACUGUGUGCGACCAACCACAAAGCGUGCUUGGAAGAAUGUACCAGAGGCGUUUUCUAUUCUAUUUUUCUUAUCAGACCAUUGAGGUGUACAGAGAGACUAUGACAUGUACUGUAUUUGUGGACACAUGGCUUUGUUGCACACACACACGUGCCCGUGCGCGUGGUUCUAGUUUUGUAAAGGCAUUUUCUUUCAGAGAAAGAGGUGCUUUCAGCAUGUAUGAAACCUGUUUCUCUUCGCAGUUCGAUUUCCUCCAAAAGCCAUUGAAUUCCAAAGUGUAUUCUGAGCGCGUGAAUGUGGCCGUCAUUUCAGAAUCUCUUCACUUCCAUACUGUUAUCAGUGCUCUGACGGACGCCCUGACAGUGUCUCUCAGAAUGUGUGAAUGCUGCUAAUCCGAGGCUGUACUCUCCUGUCCUCUCCUCUGCCCACCGUCUGUGUCUGUGAUGUUUAUUUAAGUGGACUGUCUGGACUCUGCCUGUGCGCAGCCUGUGGAGCCGUGGGGAGGUGGCAUUUUCAGAUACACUACAUUUGCACAUGUUCUAAAGCCGUAGUUGUAAUUUAUGCUCACUACACACCUCCAGAUGUAGGCUACAUGUAUGUUACCCCAUACCAAGUAUUUUUGCUGUCCUGCGACAUGGGUUCAUGACGGAACAUUUUGUAAAUCAAAUAUUGUGUGCAUAGCACUGAAUUUUGAACUUGUUUGUCAUCCAUUUUUGAAUAUCUGUUUCUUCUAUUGGCAAAAAGCCAUUUGUAAAUAUCUAUAUAAAUAUAUACAUAUAUAUAUAAAUAUAUAAAAUAUGAAUGAUAUAGUAAGAAUAAAUACAUGUGAGAAUGA